AUGUUUCGCGUCUCGUUGCGGUCUGCUUCAGACCCUUUGCGUGGACAUGUUUGCAUCCCAUAUGUAGCUCGCAGGUCCGCGCCGGCCAACUUGCGCCAGUUUUAUCGGACGUCUACACCCUUGUCCCAAUCUAGCCCUCAAGAACACGGGUCAGUCGACGCGUCAACUGAGGCUGUGUCGCCUCCAAGCGAUCAAUCACCUCUGAAUUCCUCCACAAGAUCGGAGCCCAACCUAAAACUACAACAAACCAAGCGAGUGAAGGAGAAAAGAAAAGUCAAUCGAGAGCCGGCCACCCUCCCCCUCAGCACAACGAGACCCUUUUCAAAACUCAACCAACGACAAAGAAAACGAUUUAAAGAGCUCAACCCAGAUUUUGUACCGCCACAGCGAGAUGCUGCUAUCGCGAAGGCAAAAAGAGAGAAAGCAGCCAUUGCCUUAGGGAAAACUGAGGACAAAGGAAAGCAUGUUUUGGAUUGGAUACCACAACCGCAGGCGGAUCAAGUCGAAUCCCAACCAGACCAGGCGACGCAACCCGCCGAAUCAAACGAUGCCCCAGUGACUGGUUCAACACAGGCGUCACCUAGUAAGCCGGCGAGAAGCAACACGCUUAACUUGACCUCCAACAGCAACGUGGUGAAGGAAAUCCUGCGAGCAGGUCGCCAGGGGCGAGAAAUCAACACCGCGGGUCAGGAUGAGAAGAACUUGGCUGAGAACCAGGGCAAGGAACGGGAAACAUUGACGCAUAUUGCCAAACACGUUCUCAGCAAGGACCGCGGGUCUCUUACAUCAACAGCGUUGCAAUUGACUGCAUUGGAUUACCCUAUGGCCCCUGUCCCAGGUGUUUCCUUUGGCCUUGACCGUGUACUUUUUAACCCUGGUGUCUACCAUCUUCGCGAUCCUCGGUCUCGUGUCUACAAUUUUGACCCCUACUUGGGCGAUAUCAUGCCUGUAACAGAAUUCGACUUCAAUACUCUUAAGCCAUACGUUACCUCUUCUAAGGAUACUAUUCUCUGCGAAAUGGCCCAGAAGAACCAGAGGAAAUACUACGGGUCUUCAUCGAGCAUGACCUCGGCCCUUUCUCAUUUCCAUUAUCUUCUGUCCGCGUGGAGAUCUAUCGAUACUCGCAACGUGUCUCAGGGCUUCCCAGAGAAAUUACGCAGCUUCACUCGCCUUCUCCGUGCACCGACUGCCAUGUUUGUUCAUUACAAAGAGAAAGAGGAUGUUUACGCAAUUGACGCCGACAAAGAAUUUGACUCGGCCAACAUUCUCAUGAACCUCGGAAAGUCAAUGGAGAAGCUACUCACGCUACCAAAGGAGCAAUUUGAGCGCUACCGCCGGUCCAGUGCCAACAAGAUCACCCCCGAGGAAGAAGAAGCUAUUCCUGAAUCUUACCACUACACCACCAUGGGCAAAUUCCUCAUGCGAUCCCAGCUGGAUGCCUAUGAUCCUCGACUGCCAGGGACUGGCAUGUACGACCUCAAAACCCGUGCUGUCAUUUCCAUCCGCAUGGACGCCUCAAACCACGAGAACGGAAUCGGUUAUGAGCUCAAGGGUCGUUUCGGCACGUGGGAGUCCUACGAACGCGAAUACUUCGAUAUGAUGCGUGCUGCUUUCCUCAAGUACUCCCUACAGGUGCGCGUUGGCCGUAUGGAUGGAAUCUUCGUGGCUUACCACAACAUCGAGCGUAUCUUCGGAUUCCAAUACGUCAGCCUGCCAGAAAUGGACCAGUGCCUGCAUGGACAGACCGACACCACGCUUGGUGAUUCCGAAUUCAAGAUCAGUCUGGCAUUGUGGGAGAAGAUCAUGGACAAAGCCACCGCCAAGUUCCCCAAGCAGUCCCUGCGCUUCCACUUCGAAACCCGCGAGGCCGUGAACCCCUUCAUGUACAUUUUCGCCCAGCCCGUCACGAACGAGCAAAUCCACGCCAUUCAGACAAGGAACUCAGCCGAGAUCGAAACCCUUCAAAAUAAACUCUUGGGCCUCGAGACCCUAGAAUCCAGAGUCCAGGAACCCGGCGAGAACCAGACAACUCCCAGCGCUGAAGCCGGGUCCGCAGAGACAACCGGAUCCACCGCCGACGAAUACGACCCGAACCUUUUGGCCAUGACUCUCCUAACCAAGAACUACGUUAAUGGCGAAUUAGUCGAACGCCCCACCGGCCUCUCAAAGAAGGACACCUGGACCGUCGAAUACGAGAUCAACGAGCUGAACCCGAAACAGGGCAACGCCAUUCUGCAAAUGUGCAAGACCCGUCGCCGCAACGUCUUCGAGAAGGGCGAUGAGGAGGAUGUCAAUACUCAGAAUGACGAGUUCCUUCAGCGUUUGCGGAACAUCAGUGAGCAGGGACGCGUGUUCCGUGCGAGGGAAAAUGAGAGAGAUCGGAGAAACGGCAUUGUUGUCUACUCUGAUCCCAUUUCUCGGGAUUGA